CUCACUCGCUCCCGCUGCUGGAAGUGUCAUUCAGACAGCGGUUACAGCAGUGACUCUGUGCGGCUUCAUCCGUCGCUUCUGCCGGCCUGAAGAGCUCUGAUGGCGGCUCUGCUGUCCGCUUCUCUCCGCGGCGCCGCGCGGACUGCACUGCGCUUCCACACCGCGAGGAUCCGGAGCUGCGCCGCUCAUCCGCCGUUUUCAGGUCUGUAUGGUGUUUCUCCGCUGCGCUCUGUAGGAAAGCGCUUCACAUUCCCUCAGUCCUGUUACUCCACAGACGCCCCGAAAGAUGCUCCGCCCCCUGGAGGAGGAGGAGGAGGACGGAGAGGCGGUAGGAAGAGCUGGCCUGCUCGAUUGGCACAGGGUGAUUUCCCGUGGGACGACCGUGAUUUCCGGCAUCUUCUACUGGCUGCGAGUGGUGUGGCGGCGCUGCUGCUGUAUCUGCUCUUCAGAGACCCGGGGAAGGAGAUCACCUGGAAAGACUUUGUGCACCGCUAUCUGGACAGAGGCCUGGUGGAGCGGCUCGAGGUGGUCAAUAAGCAGUUUGUGAGGGUGAUUCUGGAGCGAGAUGCUGACGCCAAUGAAGGAAGUUACGUGUGGUUCAACAUCGGCAGCGUGGACACGUUCGAGAGGAAUCUAGAAGCUGCACACUAUGAGCUGGGCCUGGAGCCGUCACACAGAGCAGCGGUGGUCUACACGUCCGAGAGCGAUGGGUCUUUUCUGAUGAGCUUCAUCCCCACGCUGCUUCUGAUUGGCUUCCUGCUGUUCACUCUGCGGCGCGGACCAAUGGGAGGAGGGAUGGGAGGGCGGAGGGGCGGGCUCUUUGGCAUGAGCGAAUCAACCGCCAAGAUGAUGAAAGACAGUAUCGAGGUGAAGUUUAAAGACGUGGCGGGAUGUGAAGAAGCCAAAGUGGAGAUCAUGGAGUUCGUCAACUUCCUGAAGAACCCGCAGCAGUACCAGGACCUGGGAGCCAAGAUCCCCAAGGGUGCGGUUCUCUCCGGGCCUCCAGGAACAGGGAAGACGCUGCUCGCUAAAGCCACGGCGGGGGAAGCAAACGUUCCCUUCAUCACCGUCAACGGCUCCGAGUUCCUGGAGAUGUUUGUGGGAGUUGGUCCAGCCAGAGUUAGAGACAUGUUUGCGCUGGCGAGGAAGAACGCGCCCUGUAUCCUCUUCAUCGACGAGAUCGACGCCGUGGGCAAGAAGAGAGGAGGAGGAAACUUCGGUGGGAACAGUGAACAGGAGAACACACUCAACCAGCUGCUGGUGGAGAUGGACGGUUUCAACUCGAGCACUAAUGUAGUGGUUCUGGCUGGAACAAACAGACCUGAUGUGCUGGAUCCGGCACUGAUGAGGCCCGGCCGGUUCGACAGGCAGAUUUACUUGGGGCCUCCUGAUAUUAAGGGUCGAGCCUCCAUUUUCAAAGUGCAUCUGCGGCCCCUCAAACUGGACCCCAGUGUGGACCGGGACGCCAUCGCCAGAAAAAUGGCAGCUGCUACACCGGGCUUCACCGGUGCUGACAUUGCGAAUGUCUGUAAUGAAGCGGCUCUCAUAGCUGCACGAUAUCUAAAUGAGUCGGUCUCUGUUAAACACUUCGAGCAGGCCAUCGACAGAGUCAUCGGAGGUCUGGAGAAGAAGACUCAGGUAUUACAGCCCACUGAGAAAAAGACGGUAGCCUAUCAUGAAGCAGGACAUGCUGUUGUGGGCUGGUUCCUGCAACACGCUGACCCAUUACUGAAGGUGUCCAUCAUUCCUCGAGGGAAGGGACUAGGCUAUGCGCAGUAUCUGCCCAAAGAGCAGUAUUUAUACACGCGCGAGCAGCUGUUUGACCGCAUGUGUAUGAUGUUAGGAGGACGAGUGGCCGAGCAGGUGUUCUUCAACAAGAUCACCACUGGAGCUCACGACGACCUGAAGAAGGUCACGCAGUCGGCAUAUGCUCAGAUCGUGCAGUUCGGCAUGAGCGAGCGGGUGGGUCAGGUGUCCUUCGAUCUUCCCCGGCAGGGCGAGACUGUCCUGGAGAAGCCCUACAGCGAGGCCACGGCGGAGCUCAUCGAUGAGGAGGUGCGGGAUCUGGUGGACCGGGCUUACAGGAGGACUCUGGAGCUCGUCACCGAGAAGCGGGAGCAGGUGGACAUGGUGGGAAAGCGUUUGCUGGAGAAAGAAGUUCUGGACAAAGCUGACAUGCUGGAGCUGCUGGGAGCGCGACCCUUCGAGGAGAAAUCUACCUAUGAGGAGUUUGUGGAGGGGACGGGCAGCUUCGAGGAGGACACCAGCCUGCCUGAGGGCCUGAAGGACUGGAAUCAGGAGCGCCGAGGGGAACCAGAGGAACCGACAGACUCACAGGAGCAAAGAGCAGCUUAAACAAACACCUCCUCAAAGAUGGAGACCGCCUUAAAGAGGAGGAGUCUGCAUAAUAGGGGAGGAGUCUUUAUUAGAGGAGGUGAAGUCUAUAAAAAUAGGAGGAGUCUACAUAUGAGGAGGAGUCUUCAUUAUAGAGGGGGUCUCAUUAUAGAGGAGGGGUCUUCAUAAUAUGGGAGUAGUCUACGCAAUCGAGGACCAGUCUUCAUAAAAGAGGAGGAGUCUUCAUAAAAAAUAGGUGGAGUCUUCAUGAAAAAUAGGCGGAGUCUUCAUUGAAGAGGAGGAGUCUAGAUAAUAGAGGAGUCUUCAUAAUAGAGGAGGAGUCUUUGUAAAACAGGAGUGUUUGUAAAAGAGUCUACAUAUGUAAAAGGGGAGUUGUCUUCAUAAAGUAGGCUGAGUCUACAUAAGAGUCUUCACAUCUAUUAUGAAGACUCCUCUUUUAUGUAGACUCUGCCUAGUCUACAUAAGAGAUGGAGUGUUCAUUUAAAAUGGGCGGAGUCUUCAUAAAAGAUGAGGGGUGUUCAUAAAAAGAGGUGGAGUGUUUAUAAAAAUGGGGAGGGGUCUUCAUUAGAUAGAAGGAUUUAUAACAGAGGAGUCUUCAUUGAGUUCGAGUCUUUUUAAAAGACAAGUCCAGAUAAAAGAGGGUGAGUCUUCAUAAAAGAGGAGGAGUCUGCAUAAUUGAGGUGGAGUCUAGGUAAAAGAGGGGGAGUCUACAUAGAGGUGGAGUCUAGAUAAAAGAGGAGGGGUCUACAUAAUAGAGGAGGAGUCUUCAUAAAAGAGGUGGAGUCUAGAUAAGAGGGGGAGUCUUCAUAUGAGGAGGAGUCUUCAUAAAAGAGGAGGAGUCUGCAUAAUUGAGGUGGAGUCUAGGUAAAAGAGGGGGAGUCUACAUAAGAAGAGGAGUGGACAUUUUGUUGACAUUUGCAUUUCAUUUCUCUUGUUCAUUCAAACGGGACUUUAACUGAGUUUGAAAUGCCUUAAUUCUGUAUGUGCGUUAUAUAUAUUGGCAUAUUUCAUGCCAGAUGAACUCUUUAACGCUCAACACCGUGAACUCUUUAUGCAAGAUCUUAUUGGUUGUUUUUUAUCCUUUGAUUUCUGCUGUUAUCCUUUUUUAUCAACUCUUACCUUCCUCUUAAAGCGACAGUUCCUCCAGAACUGAACAGCUCAGUCAUUUACUCCCCCUUCACUUCACACAGACCGUUAUAUGAGCUUCUUUCUUCUGUGGAACAUUAAAGAAGAUAUUUUGAAGAAUGUUGGAAACCUGUAACCCAUGACUUCAUUGGUUACCAGAUUCUAACAUUCUUCAAAACAUCUUCUUUAGUGUUCCACAGAAAAAAGACACUCAUGAUAGUUUAUAACCACACGAGGGUGAGUGCAUUUUCAUUUUUGCGUGAACUGUCCCUUUAAUAUAAGCGGAGGACACUGUAUAUUUGUACAGUUUUCAGUUGUGUGCUUUAAGACGAAGAAAAUGUUUUGAAACUGAAAUUGUGAUUAUUUAAUUUAAUUAAAGGAGUUUUUUCAUA